UAGAUGCUGGUGGACUCGACAGCAUUACUCAGCAGUCCCAGGAGCUUCCUCAGAUGAUGGCUGCAGCAGCUGAUGGUUUGGGGAGCAUAGCAAUAGACACCACCCAGCUCAACAUGUCCGUGACCGAUCCCACAGCCUGGGCCACAGCCAUGAAUAACUUGGGCAUGGUUCCUGUGGGGCUGCCUGGACAGCAGCUCGUGUCUGACUCAAUCUGUGUGCCAGGCUUCGAUCCGAGCCUCAACAUGAUGACCGGGAUCACCCCCAUUAACCCGAUGAUACCAGGCCUAGGACUGGUGCCACCCCCGCCGCCAACGGAAGUGACUGUUGUCAAGGAAAUUAUCCACUGCAAAAGCUGUACUCUCUUUCCUCAAAAUCCAAAUCUUCCACCUCCUUCCACCAGAGAACGGCCUCCUGGGUGUAAGACUGUGUUUGUUGGAGGAUUACCAGAAAAUGCUACUGAGGAGAUUAUUCAAGAAGUCUUUGAGCAGUGUGGUGAUAUCACAGCGAUUCGGAAAAGCAAGAAGAAUUUCUGUCACAUUCGCUUUGCCGAGGAAUUCAUGGUUGAUAAAGCCAUUUACCUUUCUGGAUACCGGAUGCGAUUAGGGUCCAGCACAGACAAGAAGGAUUCAGGUCGCCUCCACGUGGACUUUGCCCAGGCCCGGGACGACUUCUACGAGUGGGAAUGCAAGCAGAGGAUGCGGGCGCGAGAGGAAAGGCACCGCCGCAAGCUGGAGGAGGACCGCCUGCGGCCGCCCUCCCCCCCAGCCAUCAUGCACUACUCUGAGCACGAGGCCGCCCUGCUCGCCGAAAAACUGAAAGAUGACAGCAAGUUUUCGGAGGCCAUCACGGUGCUGCUGUCCUGGAUCGAGCGCGGGGAAGUGAACCGGCGCUCCGCCAACCAGUUCUACUCCAUGGUGCAGUCGGCCAACAGCCAUGUGCGCAGGCUGAUGAACGAGAAGGCCACCCACGAGCAAGAGAUGGAGGAGGCCAAGGAGAACUUCAAAAACGCCCUAACCGGGAUCCUCACACAAUUUGAGCAGAUUGUGGCCGUUUUCAACGCUUCUACCAGACAAAAAGCUUGGGACCAUUUCUCGAAAGCCCAGCGCAAGAACAUAGACAUUUGGCGCAAGCACUCUGAGGAGCUCCGCAACGCUCAGAGUGACCAGCUCAUGGGCAUCCGGCGUGAAGAAGAAAUGGAAAUGUCAGAUGAUGAAAAUUGUGACAGCCCUGCUAAAAAGAUGAGAGUGGAUGAAACAGCCUUGGCUGCCCAGGCCUAUGCCCUUAAAGAGGAGAAUGACAGCCUCCGCUGGCAGCUGGAUGCCUACAGGAAUGAAGUGGAGCUGCUCAAACAAGAAAAAGAGCAGCUUUUCCGAACAGAAGAGAACCUCACCAAGGACCAGCAGCUGCAGUUUCUGCAGCAAACCAUGCAAGGCAUGCAGCAGCAACUGUUGACCAUCCAGGAAGAGCUGAACAACAAAAAGUCCGAACUGGAGCAAGCUAAAGAAGAGCAGUCCCACACACAGGCAUUACUAAAAGUUCUCCAGGAACAACUUAAAGGUACCAAGGAAUUGGUCGAGACCAAUGGCCACAGCCAUGAGGACACAAAUGAAAUCAAUGUGUUGACAGUUGCACUGGUUAACCAAGAUCGAGAGAAUAAUACUGAGAAAAGAAGUCAAGGAUUAAAAUCAGAGAAAGAAGCUCUGCUAAUAGGCAUCAUAUCGACGUUUCUUCAUGUUCAUCCCUUUGGAGCCAACAUUGAGUAUCUGUGGUCGUACAUGCAGCAGCUGGACUCCAAGAUAUCUGCCAGUGAAAUUGAAAUGCUUCUGAUGAGGCUGCCACGCAUGUUCAAACAAGAAUUCACGGGAGUGGGAGCAACGCUGGAGAAAAGGUGGAAGUUGUGUGCCUUUGAAGGAAUUAAAACACCCUAACGGUGAAGAG